AAUACGUAACUUCCGGUUUCGAAAGUGGCGUCACUUCGCAGUGGAUUGUGGGAAGUAGCGGUGUCAAAACGUUCAACGUGCUCAGUGAAGCAGUGUUUUUAAUCGGGGUUUUAAUAGCGUUAAUGAAUAAAUGGCGACUAAACCGGAGCCGCUGAAACGCUACAUCUGCUCUGUUUCCGGCUGCGCGGCGGCUUACAACAAGCAGUGGAAACUGGACGCUCAUCUGUGUAAACACACCGGAGUGAAGCCGCACACAUGUGAGCAGGACGGCUGCCGGAAGUCCUUCUGCAGCCCCUACCAUCUGACCCGACAUGAGCUCACACACACCGGGGUGAAGCCCUUUCAAUGCACCGAGGACGGCUGCAAGGAGGCCUUCACCACCAACACUAACCGAGCCAGACACAUGACUAGAGUCCACACUCAGGAGCACAAGAAGUACGAGUGCAAAUAUGAAGGCUGUGGGCUGGAGUUCAAGAAGAAGGAGCAGCUGAAGUCCCACAUGUGUGAGCAGCACACCUUGUUACCCCCUCAUAAGUGCACUCAUGAAGGCUGUGAGAUGAGGUUCACUGUGCCCAGUAAGCUGAAGAGGCAUGAGAAGGUGCAUCAAGGUUACCCCUGCAAGGAGGAGGGCUGCAGCUUCACAGGGAAUACCUGGACGGAGUAUUUGAAGCACAGGAAGGAGCAGCACAGGCCCAUAUUUAAGUGUGAGCAGUGCAACAAGGAGUUCAAGGACUCCUGGUUCCUGCAGCAGCAUCAGUACGUGCACUCUGAGACCCGGGUGGUACUCAGAUGCCCCAGAGAUGGCUGUGACAGAUCCUUCACUAAGAUGUUCAACCUGCAGAGCCACAUCAGCUCCUUCCACGAAGAGGAGAGACCCUUCAUCUGUCCCCACGCAGGAUGUGGGAAAACCUUCGCCAUGAAACAGAGUCUGCAGCGUCACAACAUCGCUCACGACCCGCAGAAGAAGAAGAUCCAGAGGCAGCAGGCGAAGAGAUCCCUCGCUUCCAGGUUGAGCGGUUUGAGUGACACGAAGAGGUUGGUUUACAAUAAGACCAGGCAGACAGAGAGGAAGCCUGCGCAGAAACAGAGUGAUCCUCCGGGUCCUGUGGAGCUGGUGUCUCUGCUGCAGGACACGUCUCUGCUGUGCAGCCCCGCUGUGGACACACAGGGACUCACUGACGCCCUGACAUCCCCUCUGACUGUGUAGAGUCAGAUACAGGAGAGCAUGUGUCAUGCAUGAUCAUUGUAUUGGUUGUUAUUGAGUUAUUGUGCAAAAACAGUGUUUAAAGUCUAAAGAACAGACAAAGUGGAAAAUGAAUCCUCAUGGAAGCAAGAUAUUUUGACUUGGAGUUUUUCUGUGUAUAAAUUAUAUUUUGGGGAGUUGUCAGGAGUCCUUAAAUCUCUCUUUUGGUAUUGUAUAUCUUAGGACAUAUUUCGAACCCAACAUGUUGAACAACGUCAAUAAUGAACAUACCCUCAGAUCACCUGACUGUAGACUCAAUCAAAGGGAAAGCUUUGUUAUGCAAUAUCUUCUACUUCGGUUGUUUGAGGUCUUGGUGUUGUGUCUGUGGGGGAAAAAAAUUGAUUUGAGAUACUGUUUGGUUUGUAUGGAAGAGAACAAAUGAAUUGUACUUUUGGUCAAAUGUGUUCUCAUGUGGCCCUAAUCCUCUUCUGUAGGUUUGGUCGGCUGGAAUCGCCAAAAACAAAACAAAACCUUGAGUUGAUUUAUUUUUUAUUCAUGAAGAUUCUGAAAAAUAAUCCUCAUUGAAGCACAGCAAGAUAUUCUGUCCUGUUCCGUCCCGAUGCAUGUCGUUUUUUCUGUGUUUGAAUGAUUUUUGGUGACUUUCCUGGAGCCAUAAAAUCUAUUUUUAUGUAAUUUAUACCUAAGAAAAUAUAUGACUUUGCACAAAGACAGGGUUUGUUCCAAUAACACCUGAUAAUGAAUGUAUGUUGUGUCUGUAGAGUAUUUACUAGUCCUAAAUAAGGACUUAAUGAGAUAUCCUGUCUGAGAGCCUGCUGUAAAAGUUAGGAGCUGAUCACUUUAAACUAGGGUUUUGACUGUUAAUUAUUCAAAUGUGGCUAUUUAAAAGUCAUUAUAUAACCUGACAUGUGAUAAAUGGACAACCUGAGGUCCGACAUGUUUAAAAAUGUUCAAUAAUGACCUUUUUUGUUUAGGAUGAUGGUAAAAAAACGGUAAAAUGUUGAACAGCAUACAAACCUGCAAGUUAUAUUAUACUGUAUACAUGUUUUUGAAACUCAAGAGAAUCCAUGUGUGUAAAACAUCGUAUGCUGUAGUGUAAUUACUACACUCAAAUGUCAAAUGUAUUGUAUAUUCUAAAUUAAAAACUGUACAUACAG